AUGGACCUUGCUCCCAACUAUCCCGGCUCUACUGACCUCAACUAUGUCCUUGCCGAGUUGAGCAAGGAGCAUCGGAGCUCUAUCGUCAAGUUACUGGGCGACUUUACGGCCAAUCCGCUUGAGUCUAUCACGUUGGUGUUGGACACAAAUGGGAACACAUCAGAUGAAAACGAUGACGAUUGGCACCGGAUCGCCGUACAACGCAUUGCGCGCUCUGUUGCCGCGGUCAUUGUACAUGGCAAGCUCGCCGUUGUCGUUGCCAACUAUGUCUUUGAGGAUGGCGAGACUGCGACAGAGGUUGAGGGGGCUAUGUCGCAGUAG